CACAACUUUGCCUUCUCCUGAAACUACCCCACAACCUGAAAGUGCAAUGUUGGAGCAAGGAAUAUCAACAAAGGGUAAGAGGAUGCCAAGAGUAAAGGCUACAACAAUUGACGAAUUCUUAAAGAAAAAUGGGAUAGACGUGGAAAUUGAAGGACCAAGCACUGAACUAAGUGAGGACGGGGAAGAAAGCAUGGCACUUGAUAAAGACUAUUAUCAACAUGUGAUGGAGGACAUUGAUGAUGAAGAAGGAGAGCCAAAGAAGAAGAAAAUCCGUGGAAAAACAACUUGCAAGGAGAUUUAUGCAAGGACUAUGGAACAGCGGGAAGAAGUCACUUUUGAUAUUGGACAGCUCGUAGGACCAACCAACCAAAGUGUUUCUAAUUUAACUAGUUUUGUUGGCAUUAUUGGUAGAAAUAAAAGUUUUGUUCGUCUUUUGUACACUAGUUGGCAUGCUGUUCCUUCUAAAGCUAAGAAGUUCAUGUGGGACUAUGUUAACACCAAGUUUAUCCUCCCAGACAGUGAAAAAAAGUGGGUAAUGCAAGCGAUUCGAGACGCUUGGAAGCGGUUCAAAGGAAAGAUUAAGCAAAAGCACUUCGUUCCCUAUGAUACUAUUGAAGAUAUGGUGAAGAAUCGACCCCCACAAGUACCAGAAAGUGGUUUCAUAAAGUUGAUCUAUUAUUGGAGUCAUCCUUUAAUCCAGUCAAAGAAACAAGCAACACAAGGAAAAACAGAAGUUUCCACAUCGCAUGGGGCCAAUCAAUUUCGGAAGAGUACGAGUGGCUAUGCGAGUAACAAAGGAAACAAACGAGGAACCAAAAAGGUUUGAGAUGUUCAUUGCUACCCAAACAAGUCGAAAGAGGAAAGAAGUGGAUGAA